AGCCACUGAGAACCCGCGACCCUUGCUCCUGCACUGCCGCAGUCCCGCCUCGACUCGGCGCGGAAGGCGGGGCGGGGGGGCGAAAGAAGAGGAGCCUGAGGUCGGAGAGCUCGCCUCGGAAGGACGGGCGCCGCCUCGAGGGAGCACUCUCGGAGCUGACCGCGGAGACCGACCUCCCGGUGGUGUUUGUGAAGCGGAGAAAGAUAGGCGGCCAUGGUCCGACCCUGAAGGCUUUUCAGGACGGCAUACUUCAGAAGCUGGUGAGCAUGAACGGCGCGGAGGAUCUCCCCGGGUCCUACGACUACGACCUCAUCAUCAUUGGCGGGGGCUCAGGAGGACUGGCGGCCGCUAAGGAAGCAGCCAAAUAUGACAAGAAGGUAAUGGUCUUGGAUUUUGUCACUCCAACCCCUCUUGGAACUAGAUGGGGCCUUGGAGGGACCUGUGUCAACGUGGGCUGCAUCCCUAAAAAGCUGAUGCACCAAGCCGCUUUGCUAGGACAAGCCCUGCAGGACUCUCGGACCUACGGCUGGAAUGUUGGGGAGUCAGUUAAACAUGACUGGGAGAAAAUGACGGAAGCCGUGCAGAACCACAUCGGCUCGCUGAACUGGGGCUACCGGGUGGCCCUGCGGGAGAACAAAGUCACCUAUGAGAACGCCUACGGGCAGUUCGUUGGUCCUCACAGGAUUAAGGCAACAAAUAACAAAGGCAAAGAAAAGAUUUAUACAGCGGAGAGAUUUAUCAUAGCCACUGGUGAAAGGCCACGUUACUUGGGUAUCCCUGGAGACAGAGAAUACUGCAUCAGCAGUGAUGAUCUUUUCUCCUUACCUUACUGCCCGGGUAAAACCCUGGUGGUUGGAGCAUCCUACGUGGCUUUGGAAUGUGCUGGAUUUCUGGCUGGCAUUGGUUUAGAUGUCACUGUGAUGGUGCGGUCCAUUCUUCUCAGAGGAUUUGACCAGGAUAUGGCCUACAAGAUUGGUGAACAUAUGGAGGAACAUGGGGUCAAGUUUAUAAGAAAGUUUGUACCAAUAAAAGUGGAACAAAUCGAAGCAGGGAUGCCAGGCCGACUCAGGGUGGUGGCUCAGUCCACUCAGAGUGACGAGACCAUCGAAGGAGAGUACAACACGGUGUUGUUGGCAAUAGGAAGAGAUGCUUGCACCAGAAAAAUUGGCUUGGAAACUGUGGGUGUAAAGAUAAAUGAAAAGACUGGAAAAAUACCUGUCACGGACGAAGAGCAGACCAACGUGCCUUAUAUCUAUGCCAUCGGGGACAUACUGGAGGGCAAGCUGGAGCUCACCCCUGUGGCCAUCCAGGCCGGGAGAUUGCUGGCACAGAGGCUCUAUGCCGGCUCCUCCGUCAAGUGUGACUAUGAAAAUGUUCCAACAACUGUAUUUACUCCUUUGGAAUAUGGUGCCUGUGGUCUUUCUGAAGAGAAAGCUGUGGAAAAAUUUGGAGAAGAAAAUAUUGAGGUUUACCAUAGUUACUUUUGGCCCUUGGAAUGGACGAUUCCAUCAAGAGAUAACAACAAAUGUUACGCAAAAAUAGUCUGCAAUAUCAAAGAUAAUGAACGUGUUGUUGGCUUCCACGUGCUGGGUCCAAAUGCUGGAGAAGUUACCCAGGGCUUCGCAGCUGCCCUCAAGUGUGGCCUGACCAAAUCGCAGCUGGACAGCACCAUCGGGAUCCACCCUGUCUGUGCAGAGGUAUUCACCACGCUGUCGGUAACGAAGCGCUCGGGGGGAAACGUCCUCCAGGCUGGCUGCUGAGGUUAAGCCCCAGUGUGGACGCUGCCGCGUGACGCCGCACCGCAGACAUACCCGCGCGGGAUCCAGGCGAAGUUUCGGGGAAGGUUCCCGGACUCGGCCCCCGUGUGUCCUGGGCCUCCGCCACCGAGGCCCCUGGGAUGUCGUGGGUAGGAGGUGGCGAGCGGAAGGCAGGCAGCGUCCCACUGGGGUCGCCAUGACAGACUGGAAACCGACUCCGCAGCGCAUCGAGGAUGCGUCCAUGAAGUCCCCGGCCUCAAGCCCGUGCGGGCGGGCGGCGACGGAUGUCUGCCGGAGCGGUUCGGCGCCCUCUCCUUCAUGGGCGCUCGCACUCUCGUUUAGCUUUUCGAGUUGAUUACUUUCUUCUUUCUCUCUCCAUGGUAUUAAUGAUAACUAGAGAUGAAAAAAUGAUAGCAGCUGAUUUCUGUCCAUAAGCAAGUUAGGACUGCACAGUGCAAGCAGGCGGCCGGCUGUGUGGAAGGCGCUAGGGGCUCGGGGCUCCGCCGCCGCCUCCCCAGCCGUGGCGCCCGGCAGGCCCCGUCCAGGGCAGAUUCGCCACGUCUGACCAAAUUUGCCCUGCGCACUGCAUCACUGAUUGUUACUUCGCUAGUGGUCUUCGGCCAGGGGCUGGGCCUGCCAGCUGGGUCGUUCCACUGCACUGCGCUCGGAAGGACAGGGGGGCCCCCGCCGCCGUCCCUCGCGGAGUGCGGGAGCGCACCCCGCGGGGAAGGCAGCCCGUGUCCCUCCCUUUGUGCCUGAGUGAGCCGAGAGCGCCUCGCACAGGCAGACCCUCGGACCCUUUCCUUGGUGGCUUUCACGUUCAGCUAAACCCCCAUGACUCGUGUGUCGGGCAGCCCCCUCGCUGAGACCCGCCCCGGGGAGCUCGGCCUGGCGCCCCUGCGAGCCUGGCGCAGCCAUUGCUUUUUCAGGAAGCUGUUAAUCGCCUAAGUUAUUGUUGAACACAGGUGGAUGUGAAGGAUUUUCAUUUAGAAACCCAGUGGUUAUGACUUCGUUGUUGAAAGAGCAGCCGCCCGGGUGGAGUUCGCGCGCCGCCCGCGUCCUGGCUUGAGUUAGUCGGAGAGGCGCUCGCUCGCAGCGACGGCUCUGCGCAGAGCCCGGGGAGGCCGAACUCGCAGAGUUUGCUCGCAGAGCUUGCUCGCAGAGCACGUGCAGCGGACGGAGCCCUCGACCCGCAGCCCGUAGAUGCUUGCCAUUCCCCUCACCCCGCGCGCCGCUGGCUGCAGCGCCUCUGGCCGGGUCACCUCAGGGAGCCCGGGCCGGCCUGGGCCUGCCCCACGGGGCGCGUCUCCCGCCCACCAUCCCAUUUGGGUCUGUGAAGAAAACGGGAAAAGCAAGAACGGGAGUGGGGUGUGAGGUGGUUGACUGUUUUCUGCUUUAUUUAUUGUUGUGAUUCGUUUUUCCUCCAAGUCUGCCAGUCUCUGGCAUUGGAGCAUAGCCGUGUGAGACGAUGGCGCCUGAUCAUGUUGUGAUUCUCUCUUCUUAGUGGAUCGUGGGCGGUUCUGUCCCACGGGAAGGAUCAUACUGUAGAGACCUGUCUCGUUCAGACUCUGUAAUUGCCCAAUCUGUUAAAACUCAUACUAGACUCCAUGUAUUUUUGUUACAAAUCUUCUGAGAAAAACAAUGUGAACAUUAAAAACACUGCUAUCCUU